AUGGUGACUAGCUGUGUAUCUUGCCUGGCUACAACCAGUCCCAUAUCUAACUCUGAGUUUGACUUCAGAUUUAUUUCUUGCGCUUCGAGACAGCCCCGUAUCAUUUUUGCUCCGUUUACUGGCGAUCGAGUCCGUGGCGUUGUUUACUGUUUCCGUUGCUCCAAACCUCGUUGCAUUUACGCACCAAAACAGCUAUCGACACGAGAGAGAACUCUCCUGGAUGAAAUCGCAACCAACAGUGUAUUUUCUUGCGGUACACCUCUGUUACCCCUUCUUCAUCCGCUUGAAGACCGAAUUUUUAUGAAAACGCUUCGUUCCUGUGAUGAACCGGUAGAAAUGACAUUCUACUCUAGUAAUCUGGACUCCAUAAAAACCUGUUGCUAUUGUGGCAGUACAGACAAUCCAUUUUCUGAAACUGAAAAAGAUCAAGAUGCGAUUCGGCGGCAUCGUGCGGUGAAU